AUGUUCUAUUUCCAGGACAGAGUCCCUGCUGUCGAUCUUCAAGAUGAAAGCUCGGGACUAAAAACUCGAGGGGUAUCGCCUCGCCCGAUGGUUGGCAUAGAACAAGGGUUGGUCGAGGUGGUUCCCUUGGUCAAUCAGACCUUGUCUAGUGCAGGCCAAUCGAUCCCCAUGGUCGAAAAGGAGGCCUGCGUCCUUCUGGAAAAGGUCAACCAGCUCUCUCAUCGUCGCCACGAGCUUCGUGAGAUGCUGAAGGACCAAAAACUUACGGAGAGAAAAAAAGCUCUCGAGGGUCCGCUCGAGGCGGACAAGGCUGCUCGAAAUGUGAAAAAUAAGAUUGUAUUUGCAAUUCUACCUUUAAAAAAUUAA